CUCAUGAUUUACUUUCCUCUUGCUGACAAAGAACUUUAACAGCAAGACUAUAAAGAUGUCAGACAGCGAAGUCCAGUAUGCUUCUGUUGUUUUCAAAAAAAAGAGAUCGGCAAGAGCUAAAGAAGAAGAAGAGGUUGUGUAUGAUGAUGUGAAGCCAAGCCAAGCAGCUCGGGAAACGACUGUCACAAAGGGACUUUUGUCAGACAAAGAAGCAAAAAGACGUUGCUUGUAUCAGAAGUUGAUUUAUUGUUUUGGGAUUCUAUGUGUGAUUUUGGUGAUGGCCUUUAUUGGAGUCAGUGUCUACUGUAAGUAUGUAAAAAACAUUUUUAAGACUGAAACAGGAAGAUAUUGUUUUGCAGUUGUAUCUCUUGACAAGAGAGACAAACCUGAGCUGAAACAACUAAAAGACAACCAAACUUUCCUGCUAGAUGAAAUUUACAACAUGACAAACCUCAACAACAAACUCAAAUCUGAUUUCAAAACCUUGGCUCAAAACUUCACAAGCUGCAAAAAAAAAAGCUCACAAUUCAACAUCCAGGUUCAAAACUUGACACAACAACAAAACAACCUGACAGCAGAAAUUAGUCAAGUUAAACAGAACAACCACGACUUGCAGACAAAAAUGAAAACUCUCAGAGAAGAAAUAAAAACUUGUGAAGAGCAGAAACUCAGUCAAGUUCUGCAGAUCAUUGAUGAAUACUGUCCCAAAAAAUACAACGCGAGACGGUGUAGUUCUUGUCCAAACGGCUGGAUUCACUUUCAGUCCAGCUGCUAUGUAGUUCAUAAUCCUGAACCUAGUAAUCAGAAAACCUGGGAAGAAGCACGAGAAGACUGCAGAAGAAAGAGUUCCGAUCUGACUAUUGUUGGAAAUGAAAUAGAAAAGAAGUUUGUUGAUGGCACUAGCUGGAAGGAUGGUGAUGGUUUAAUAAAAGGGUUCUGGAUUGGUCUCAGAGUUGAAGGAGGGAAAUGGAAAUGGAUGGACGGAAGUGAUCUGACCAAUCAAGCCUGGAUAAACCAGCAGCCUGCAACUGAUGGUCAAUGUGUAACUUCUCUCCAGAACCAAGAAUGGACAUCAGUGAGCUGUACUAAAAGAAACGGCUGGAUAUGUGAGAAGAAGGCUUUAUCUGUUUAAACAUAAAAUGUUAAGAUUAUUUGAAAAACCUGGAAAGAAAAUAUCUUAACAUUUUAUUAAUUUUAUUUUACAAAAGCUGUCAUGUUCUGCUUUUCUGUGUAUUCAUUAUAAUAUCAACAGCAAAUGUAAUUUCAUGUUAGUUUAUUAACCCUCUGGCAUGGCGUUGCCCUCAGGCAACAACCACAUAACUGUAUCUCACAUUGCUCCUUUAUUUUAUUUUUGGGGGGGAUGAUUUAAAGUACCACCAGACAUACUUUUGUCCAAAUAAAAGAGGUAUUGAUUAUCAUGUGACCUUUUACUUUGAAGAGAAGCAGACCUUUUUAUGAAGCAGAGCUGCAUUCUACACCUUGACUCCUAAGUUAGAAAUUACUUUUCUUCAUGUUUAAAUUUUGGGUAACUCUAACUAAAAAUAUUUUUAUGUCUGUGAGUAUGUAAAGAAGCAUUGUAGAUCAUUUCAAAACAUUUUUUAAAUAUAAUUUACAGUAUAUGCUAAAACUGUGUUUUUUUGUUUGUUACCUCAGGGCAACAUUGCACAGUUGGGGCCCUUUUGCUCAGACAAUAUUAUUCUACUGCAUUGAUAUGUAGUUGAUUACAAAAUAAUUAUCAAAGCCAAUUUUUUAACUUUAUUAUUGACUAACAGCAACAGGAGAUGGAUGCAAGAUCAUUUAAUGGACAAAAGAUGGAUGGUUCAUUAGUUGGGGUCAAUCCCGAUGAAAACAUGAGGAUCCACUGUACCACCAUUAUUUCAUUGUUUGUUUAUCCACAAAAUUAACUUCAGUCCCAAAGGGCGACAAGCUGCUCAUCAAUUAAUAAAUGUUCCUAUUCCAAGACAGGCAAAACUGAAGCAAUACCUGCCACAACCAAAAAUAUGGGGCUGCAGGGUACUUCAUAUGGCUGGUGCAGAUAGUGUUCCUUACAACUUGAAAACCUACACAGGGUGAGUCGUGCCACCACCAAAUCUACCAGAUAUGGGAGCAGGUGGAAAUGUUGUUCUUUGCUUGGCUCAAAUUCUACCACAAAAUCUUAAAAAAAGAGCCUGCAGCCCUAACUUCAGUCACUGAUGUGAAUCUGGUUGCUACAACCCAUAGAAAAUCAGAUAAACAGAUGGUGAUUCACAGGUAUGUCAAUAAUCAAGUACCAGAAAUAUGAUAUACUUUGUUUCACAUCAGCAAGCAAUUCCUUCCUGAUAUUUUACAUAUAAUAGGGAAAAAGAUUGAUAGCAACACUCUUUGUGAUUCUAACUCCCCUAAACAUACACACAUACAAACACACAAAUGCUCAAAGAAAAACUAUAUUCAUAAAUAGUGGUUUUAGUAAUUUGCUCAAAUGUAGCGUUCAUAAAUGAAAGUUAGUUGUUUAUUUUAUAUUUGGUGAGUUGGAACCUCAUCCAUCCAUCCAUCCAUCCAUCCUUUCAUCCAUCCAUCCAUUUUCUAACACCCUGGUCCCCUAGUGGAGUCGAUAGGGCUGCUGGUGCCUCUCCAGCUAACGUUCCAGGCGAGAGGCGGGGUCACCCUGGACAACGCUUUCCUACUGUUUUUUUCUGGGCCUAUUAAAGUUUUCAUGUUCAAGUUCAUAAUAUGAACCUGAAUGUUUUUAAAUAUAGAGGUGCUGUAUUGUUAAAAGUUGAGAUGUCUGUGAUUGUUAUAACUUUGUAAUUGUGAAUAAAACUAAUCUCUAUAAUG